AUGAACACACAGGUUGAUUGGCAGGACCCGGAUUUCCGUGUAGCGAAUCACGAACCCCUACGGAACAUCUCAUCCACAUUUGUUGCCUACUAUCCUCCUUGCGAUCACAACGGCAAACCAAGAGCAGAUUGGGCAGGUCAGAGAAAUGAUGCAGCUAACUGGCAAGGGUUCUCAGGCACCCUUACUUUAUGUCUUCAAACGCUGAAGUCGGCCUAUAACUCGACAAUGCAGACCGAGAUCAUCGACACGCAGAUUGACCUAGACUGGCAAAUAAAGCCAGGAGUUUCGAACGGUAGUCAAUACCGGUACUGCGUUACGGGCAAGGACAACGAAGAAUAUUGCGUGGGCGAUGCAGACAUCACGGAAUGGGAAUUUCUGAUGGCAAAAUCACUUACCGGUGCAGCUGCUAUAUAUCCUAACGAGACCGAACAUGGAUUUACCGGUCAAUUUGCCCCAAAUAUUGCCACGGAUGUCCUUGGAGACAGUCCAGCGCACUGCAACGGAUCGGUUGAAGGAGGCUUCGAAAAAAGGAUGAACAACAUUGCCAUCUCGAUGAGCAACGCCCUUCGUACCGGGAGUAAUGCAGUACCCCUCAAAGGAGUAGAGUGGAACAAAGAGCAAUUCUUCGACGUCACUUUCUACUGGAUGGCUCUCCCACUGGCGAUAUACCUUACCAUAACGCUUUUCCUCUUUUCCACCAUUGUUACUUCGAGUAAAGCUGAUACACCGCUGUGGAAGUCUUCAUCACUCGUUUUACUAGAGGCUAUGAAUCCGUCGAAUCGUAUGCAGAGCUUAGAUGAAGUAGAGUCGGAGGCGCGUGGCACGCGUAUAAAGUUGCAACAUACAGGUGAGAACUGGCAUCUGCAGAAUAUGCAGGUACCUAGUGUAGCUAGGGGAGAUGUCAUUUAA